UGCAUGGCUCCUCAACCUCAACCUCAACCUCAAUCCAUCCAUCUACAAUUAAUUAAUUAUUUAAUUAAUUAAUGGCCACCCCGGGUGCCGUUGUGAGUGUAUUAGUAUUAGUAUUAGCGAUAUCGAGUGCGUUGCUUUCGGGCAGCACAUUGGCGCAGUCGAGUCUGACGACGGAUUACUACAAAAAGACGUGCCCGAAGGUGUUCGAGGCAGUGAAGUCGGUGGUCAGCCGCGCCAUAGCAAAGGAACGCCGCAUGGGGGCGUCCCUUCUCCGACUGCACUUCCACGAUUGCUUCGUCCUGGGGUGCGACGGAUCAAUACUAUUGGAUGACACGGCAUCGUUUACGGGGGAGAAAACGGCGGGACCAAAUAACAACUCAGUGAGGGGAUUCGAUGUGGUGGACGCCAUCAAGUCUAAGGUGGAGUCUUUGUGCCCCGGCGUUGUCUCCUGCGCCGAUAUCUUGGCCAUAGCCGCCCGUCAUUCCGUCGUUAUUCUGGGAGGGCCGAAGUGGGAUGUGAAGGUGGGUCGGAGGGAUUCGAGAACAGCCAGCCUAUCGGCAGCCAACAGCGGAGCGAUUCCACCCCCGACAUCCACUCUAAACAACCUCAUCAAUCGCUUCUCCGCCAAAGGUCUUUCUACUAAAGACAUGGUUGUCUUAUCUGGAGCACACACAAUAGGGCAAGCACGAUGCACGACAUUCAGAGGGCGCGUGCACAAUGAGAGCAACAUCGACGCAUCCUUCGCUCGCACAGCUCAGAGAGGAUGCCCCCUAACCGGCGGCGACAACAACUUGGCACCUCUCGACGACAGAACUCCUACGUCUUUCGACAUCGCUUAUUACCAAAACCUCGUAGAAAAGAAGGGCCUUCUACACUCGGACCAAAUCCUCUUCAACGGCGCGGGUGCUCCUGCCCAGACCGAUUCCCUCAUUCGAACCUACAGCAAAAACCCUAAGGCCUUCAGCGACGACUUCCGCGCCGCCAUGAUUCGGAUGGGAGAUAUCUCACCGCUCACCGGAUCCCUUGGCGAGGUCAGGAAGAACUGCCGAAGGCCCAACUGAUCUGAUCAGAAUAAUAUAUAUGAGACAGACCAAGACUAAAACUAAGAAUCAAUCAGGAGUACUAUAUGUUGAACCAAGAUUUAUAAUUGAAUUUAAGACAUGUUUGAUUUCA